AUGAAGCAGCUGACGGCGUUGCAGCAGCAGGCUCGCCGGAGCAACAGUUUUCGAGGUGCAUCUUUGCCGUCGGACACCUCUGUGGAGGGCGCAAUUAAGUCGCCGGCGACAAUUUUUUGGCUAGUUCUUCACGGUCUUUGCUGCCUCAUUAGUCUAGUCCUUGGAUUCCGAUUCUCUCGUAUGGUAUUUUUUCUAUUUUUCUCCACUUCCUCCCCUUCCGCCACUACUAAUCUCUACUCAGCACUCAGAACAACAUUGCCAUCAUCCGUCACUACUUCGCUUCCAGUGGUGAAUGGUACAGCGGUUGCGGUUGGCGGUGGGAGUCGAGUGGUGGUGGGCAGGCACGGGAUACUGAUACGGCCGUGGCCUCAUCCAGAUCCGGCAGAGGUGAUGAAGGCGCACCACAUAAUCGAGAGGGUUCAACGAGAGCAAAGAGUUCAGUAUGGGGUUAAGAGCCCCAGGACUAUAAUUGCAAUAACUCCGACUUAUGUAAGGACCUUCCAGACGCUUCAUCUCACUGGUGUAAUGCACUCCUUGAUGAAUGUUCCCUAUGAUGUGGUCUGGAUCGUGGUGGAAGCUGGUGGAACCACUAAUGAAACCGCUGCGCUAAUUUCCAAAUCUGACCUCAAGAUUGUGCACAUUGGAUUUAAUGUGAGAAUGCCAAUUUUGUGGGAGGACAGGCAUAAGAUGGAGUCUAAAAUGCGAUUUCACGGUCUAAGAGUUGUGAGAGAGAAGAAAUUAGAUGGUAUAGUGGUGUUUGCAGAUGAAAGUAAUAUGCAUAGUAUGGAGUUAUUUGAUGAGAUCCAGAAUGUAGAAUGGAUUGGGGCGGUUUCCGUUGGGAUUCUUCCACACUCAGACUCAGGUGGUUCUGAAGGAGUAGAAUUUUCAGCGGCUUCGAGAGAGGAUAAUGACAAAAAUGAGAAAUCACAAAUGCCAGUUCAGGGUCCUACUUGUAAUUCUUCAAACCAGUUGGCUGGAUGGCAUAACUUUAAUUUGCUGCCAUUCAUGGAGAGGAGUGCAAGGUAUGUCGGUGACAGGGCAGUCGUGCUACCAAGGAAGCUGGAGUGGGCUGGGUUCAUUUUGAAUUCGAGGUUAGUGUGGAAGGACGUUGAAGAUAAGCCCUCAUGGGUUAAGGAUUUGGAUGUGGUUGUUAGGGAGGGAGAGGAUAUUGAGAGUCCAAUGUCUUUGUUGGAGGACCCUUCUGUGGUGGAGCCUCUUGGAAGUUGUGGGCGCAAAAUUAUGCUGUGGUGGCUCCGAGUUGAAGCACGUGCAGACAGCAAAUUUCCUGCCAGGUGGAUAAUUGACCCCACAUUGGAUGUACCCAUCCCAGCAAAACACACGCCAUGGCCAGAUGCUCCUCCUGAACUCCCAACAUCUGAAGUAUUGGAUGUAACCAUCCCAGCAAAACACACGCCAUGGCCAGAUGCUCCUCCUGAACUCCCAACUUCUGAUGUAAAAGUGACCAGCAUCCCAGAGAACACAGAGAAACGUGUGCCCAAAAGAUCAACAAGAAAACGCAGUUCACGAAGCAAAAGGAAGCGUGUACCCAAAGUAUUAGAUGAACAUGUUUCCACGAGGCAUUCUGGGGAUAACUAG